UGGUUUUGCGCUAACCGUAUCCAUGCAGUUGAUAAGCACUGCUAAUACAGUGUGCCGCAGCCAGGUCCGUCGAGUCUGACCGGUGAUUAAGUGGCCAACACAACCAGUCCACUAACGGAUUUCCACACACAUUUUCGUCUUAGCACCGGAAGCGCCGCUAAUCCUUUUUUCGACCACCCUUCAGUAAUUGUUUAUAUGAAGACCACCAUGAUCGUAAUUGCGGUCAAUCUUCUCCUCAGCUGCAUGUACGUGUUGAGCCAACACGCGCACCACGGAGCGGCAGUGCUGCAGUCAUCGCCGCUGCAGCAAAGUCCCGCCGGAGCGACACCAGUUGCCGGCGAACUGCGAGGUUCCGCCACGGAAGCGGACGCGGUAAAAUCUGUCCAACUGCGGGAACUGCAAGUUGGCCCAUCACGUGGCAGUAUUUCCAAAGCGCCGACUUCCAAGCGUUAUCACGAUGUACUGGAGAAACCGAAAUUUCUCCCGUAUACGCAGUCAGAAGGUGGCCGCGAGCGCCCGAAGAAACACCAGCAACAGCAGCAGCAACAGCAGUCUGCCGACAGCAGCGGUUCUAACGGCAAAGUCAGCUACGAAAUCAAAGUAUAUAUUCCGCGACCGGAAGCGGCACCAUCCGAGUCCGUUCCAGAACGAAUCGCUGCAUCCUCGGAAAUUUCACCCAGUCGAGCCGAACCGGAAUACAUGAUCUCGCCGCACUACGCCUACGACGACAGACCACCGCCCAUCGCCAAAUACGGCCACUAUGGAAUGCCGGCUGUGAAGCCGGUUCACGACACAAAACCCUAUUAUUAUGUUCCCGUCUAUGAAGAUCCCAACGCGCCCGAACCCAAAACACCCGCCAGCAAACUAUACCACCCCAACGAUCGCGAGGUGUACAAACCUCGCCUGGUGGAGGUAUCUCACCCGAACAGUCCCGAACACAAGACGUCCGAGGAUGCCUCUCGACCGGUGACCUUUGUAGAGGUCAAACCGGUUAAGACCGCUGAGCCAGCGUAUCCGCCCAGCUACAAACCAAAAAAACCAUUAUACGGAACAUCCGAACGUCCCGCGUACGAUAGCCGGGACCGUGAGCACGGUUACGUGCGCCCUAAUACCGAAACGUACGUCAUCGGGGAUUACGUACCGUAUGAAUUGCAGCAAACAACGGAUCCUCCCGUGGCUGCCGCCGACAAGGAAACCGCGUACUACGAAAAGAUCGCCGCCGAGCCGUCGUAUAAUGAAGUGCAAAGGUCACGGCCACGGGGUCCCGAUGGGUAUGGAUACGGGUCACCGGGUUAUUAUCAUUCACCGCCGCCUCCUCCACCGCCCGUCUAUCAAGCGGCGCCGUCCUACUACUACGUGUAUCCUUACCAUGGAAAUUAUGGGCAACAUGGCAGCGGCUACUACAGUCAAAACAGCCACGGUGCAGGGGGACAGUAUCGUGGACAGCAUCCCAGGCCGCUAUACUCCGGCUACGGAUACGCGGCCUUUGCACCUUACAGAUGAAAGUCAAGCAAGAUCAAUGUUAAAACCAAAUACGGUGGUUGUACUGGUUAUUGUAGUAUUAGGAUGCUUUCGCAGGUAAAGCUGAUCAAAAGGGCGAAUCCCAUUCCGGGCAGGGCGCAGUCGCACGAGUUGCAAUUGUUAUG